AUGCCUCCAAAAGCAGCCGCCAGACGAACAGCCGCAAAACCAGAAGACUCAGACUCUACACAAAAUGGACCAGCUCAAAUCGCCGCCGCUCCAGGUGCUUCUGGCCGACCCUCUGUACAACGACUACAGUCACUGAAGAAACGAGCUCCAGCAGGCGGCAGUAUCACACCAGCAACACGCUCGCCCUCAGUACUAGGCGGGGACCCUACCCCAAAGCCAAUGAAAUUCCGACCAAAGGCCGUUCAACGAAGGAGUAAGGAAGAGCGUGAGGCUAUGGAAAAAAUUGAACAAGAACGACUCAAUGACCGCUUGAGAGACGCGGCUGCUAUCCAGCGUGGCCGUGGGAAUCGUGGGGGCAGAGGAAAUUUCCGUGGCCGUGGUGGCGCCGGUGGCAGUGGCUCAUUUGGGGGUGCAUUCAGAGGUCGUGGUGGUGGUUUUGGACGUGGUCGAGCACGAUUUGGAAUCAGUGGAGGGUCUCGGGAGCGGGAGGACGAUUCGUCAGAUGAUGAGCUGCGAAUGAGCAUCGACCAGAUCAACAUUGAGAGUGACGAGGAUGACGAGAUUGCGGAAGACGGUAAGGGCAAGAUGCCCAUGCGAGGUCGUCGGGAGAAGGGGUUGCGUCCUGUUCGGGUUACUCGACAUGAGCAUGAGGAAAGGGCGGUUGCCGUCAAUAUGGAGUCAAGCUCAAGCAAGGCAGCGGAGAUUCUGCAGCAGGCUCAGCAGGAGGCUGCUGAGGCUGUGGACGACAGACCAACUCCUCCGGAGACUCUUGAUGAGGGGCCUCGUGUGAAGGACGAACCAACAGACGAUGCCGAUACACCAAUGGAGGACUUACCUGCUGAGGAUGAUGGGCUGUUGCCCAGACAGAGGUAUCGCGUGCGCCGAAAGACAUCGGAUCCCCAAUCAGCAGAACCCAAGAAGAAGGAAGUCGCUCCACCGGCGCCCAAACGAGACCCGCGGGAGCUCCUUCGCACCAAGGAGGAGAUUGACGAAUACGACCGCCAUCUGGAUGAUCUCGAGCAUGUUCGAGAUCUCCUCACUCACCAAGAACCCGAACCCGAACCCGAGCCAGAAUCAGAGGAGCCCCAGACCGUACCAGAGACUACCCCGGGUGAGGACGCGACAGACGAUCCAGAGCCGCCAGUCGAAAAAUUAGCCAACCAGCACCUUCUCGGACACCUAUUCCUUAUGCAAUUCCCACCUAUGACACCCAACCUAUGCAUCCCAGGCUCAACAGAUACCCCUGUGCAGGAGACCACCCGUCCCGAACCCCAAGUCAAAUCCGAGAAUGAAGGCGAAGAUGUCCAAUUUGCAGGUGAAAGUGGAGCAGGAUCAACCGGAAAGUCGAAACUGAUCACCGCCGCGACAAAUUGGUCCUUACCCGCCGGGCGUGUGGGCAAGCUGAAUGUUCACAAAUCCGGUCGUGUGAUAAUGGAUUGGGGUGGCAUAAGCUUCGAGCUCGAUCGUGCUGCAGCAGUGGACUUCGUGCAGGAGGCGCUGAUUGUCUCUUCUCCAGAUCCAGAGGAGGCAGGGCAGCCACCGAAGGAUGAUACGCGACACCAGGCUUGGUCAAUGGGACAACUUUCCGGCAAGUUUACGGUUAUGCCGAACUGGGAUGCGAUGCUGUGA